GGACCAGUGUCCUUCCAGAGCUCCCUAGAUGCUUCCGGAUUGGAGGCACUGAGCAGUUUCCGCCGCCAUUGCGGAUUUUGGACGGAGAUCAGCGCUCACCGCUACUAUCCAUUGAUGCGGCGCCGAGAAUACGAACAAAACGGGGACAUCCAGUUUUAUUUUACUGACCGUAGUUUUCCGAAAUCUUAUCAGUAAACAUAAGUACAUCGUUUUUCCCGUGAUCCGCCUUUUCAGUGACUGGCUCCGACCUACACAUCAGUGAGGAGGUCGUAGCUGGCGCGGCGCUACUGCCUUGCUAGCUAGCACCACAGCUAGCGACAUUUCAACACUCCACAGCGGCUGCAGAGGGAAGUAUGGCUCAAAUACUGCCUAUCCGCUUCCAGGAGCAUCUACAGCUCCAGAACCUGGGGAUCAACCCAGCCAACAUUGGCUUCAGCACACUCACCAUGGAGUCUGACAAGUUCAUCUGCAUAAGGGAAAAGGUGGGUGAGCAGGCCCAGGUGGUCAUCAUUGACAUGGCAGACCCCAACAAUCCCAUCCGGAGGCCCAUCUCUGCAGACAGUGCCAUCAUGAACCCAGCAAGCAAAGUUAUAGCGCUUAAAGCUGCAAAGACCCUGCAGAUCUUUAAUAUUGAGAUGAAGAGCAAGAUGAAGGCCCACACAAUGACAGAUGAUGUGACCUUCUGGAAGUGGAUUUCCCUCAACACGGUGGCACUAGUCACAGAUAAUGCAGUAUACCACUGGAGCAUGGAGGGUGACUCACAACCAAUCAAAGUCUUUGAUCGCCACUCCAGCCUUGCAGGUUGCCAGAUCAUCAACUACCGCACAGACGCCAAACAGAAGUGGCUACUGCUCAUCGGUAUUUCGGCACAGCAAAACCGGGUGGUUGGAGCCAUGCAGCUGUAUUCAGUUGACAGAAAGGUUUCUCAACCCAUUGAGGGCCAUGCUGCUGGCUUUGCACAGUUCAAGAUGGAAGGAAACACUGAGGAGUCAACCUUGUUUUGCUUUGCUGUGCGAGGACAGGCAGGAGGAAAACUGCAUAUCAUUGAAGUGGGCACUCCUCCCACUGGAAAUCAGCCAUUCCCAAAGAAAGCUGUGGAUGUUUUCUUCCCCCCAGAAGCACAAAAUGACUUCCCUGUUGCCAUGCAGAUAAGUUCGAAGCAAGAUGUUGUUUUCCUCAUCACCAAAUAUGGCUACAUCCACCUUUAUGACCUUGAGACUGGAACCUGUAUCUACAUGAACAGGAUCAGUGGGGAGACCAUUUUUGUAACGGCUCCACAUGAGCCCACUGCUGGCAUCAUUGGAGUCAACAGAAAAGGACAGGUGUUGUCAGUGUGCGUAGAAGAAGAAAACAUCAUUCCUUACAUCACCAAUGUGCUCCAGAACCCUGAUCUCGCUCUUCGCAUGGCUGUCCGCAACAACCUGGCCGGUGCUGAAGAGCUUUUUGCCCGCAAGUUUAACACACUCUUUGCUGCUGGCAAUUACUCUGAGGCAGCUAAGGUGGCAGCCAAUGCGCCCAAGGGUAUUCUACGGACCCCAGACACCAUCCGCCGCUUUCAGAGUGUUCCAGCUCAGCCGGGUCAGACUUCACCCCUACUUCAGUACUUCGGCAUCUUGCUGGACCAAGGCCAACUGAACAAGUUUGAGUCCCUGGAGCUCUGUAGACCAGUCCUGCAGCAGGGACGCAAGCAGCUCCUGGAGAAAUGGUUAAAGGAGGACAAGCUGGAGUGCUCUGAAGAACUUGGAGACCUAGUUAAGUCAGUUGAUCCAACUCUUGCCCUCAGUGUCUACCUCAGAGCCAAUGUCCCAAACAAGGUGAUUCAGUGCUUUGCUGAAACAGGACAGUUUCAAAAGAUUGUCCUCUACGCCAAGAAGGUGGGCUACACUCCGGAUUGGAUUUUUCUGCUAAGAAAUGUAAUGCGUAUUAGCCCUGAACAGGGGCUUCAGUUCUCUCAAAUGCUUGUCCAAGAUGAGGAGCCGCUUGCUGACAUCACACAGAUUGUUGAUGUGUUCAUGGAGUAUAACCUGAUUCAGCAGUGUACUUCCUUUUUGCUGGAUGCCCUGAAAAACAACAGGCCCAUGGAGGGACCUCUGCAGACACGCCUGCUAGAAAUGAACUUAGUCCAUGCACCACAGGUUGCAGACGCCAUCCUGGGUAACCAGAUGUUCACCCACUAUGACCGUGCACAUGUGGCCCAGCUGUGUGAGAAAGCUGGACUUCUGCAGAGGGCAUUGGAGCAUUACACGGACCUGUACGAUAUCAAACGGGCUGUCGUGCACACUCACCUCCUCAACCCAGAGUGGUUGGUGAAUUUCUUUGGCGCUCUCUCAGUGGAGGAUUCUCUGGAGUGUCUUCGUGCUAUGCUAUCUGCCAACAUUCGUCAAAACCUUCAGAUUUGCGUCCAAGUGGCCUCCAAAUACCACGAACAGCUCACAACUCAGGCCCUCACUGAACUAUUUGAAUCAUUCAAGAGCUUUGAGGGCCUUUUCUAUUUCUUGGGUUCCAUUGUAAACUUCAGCCAGGAUCCAGAGGUCCACUUCAAGUACAUUCAGGCUGCCUGCAAAACAGGCCAAAUCAAAGAGGUUGAGAGGAUCUGCCGAGAGAGCAACUGCUAUGACCCAGAAAGAGUGAAAAACUUCCUCAAAGAAGCCAAGUUAACAGAUCAGCUACCUUUAAUUAUUGUGUGUGACCGCUUUGAUUUUGUCCACGAUUUGGUCCUAUAUCUGUACCGCAACAGUCUCCAGAAAUACAUUGAAAUCUAUGUGCAAAAGGUUAAUCCAAGCCGACUUCCUGUUGUUAUUGGAGGUUUGCUGGAUGUAGACUGUGCAGAAGAUGUUAUCAAAAAUCUGAUCAUGGUGGUGAGAGGGCAGUUUUCCACAGACGAACUGGUUGCAGAGGUAGAGAAAAGGAAUCGACUAAAACUUCUCCUGCCUUGGCUGGAGGCACGUAUACAUGAAGGUUGCGAAGAGCCUGCUACCCACAAUGCAUUAGCUAAGAUUUACAUCGACAGCAAUAAUAACCCUGAGCGCUUCCUGAGAGAGAAUCCAUUCUAUGAUAGCCGCGUUGUCGGCAAGUAUUGCGAAAAGAGGGACCCCCACCUGGCCUGUGUGGCCUAUGAGAGGGGACAGUGCGAUCAGGAGCUCAUUAAUGUUUGCAAUGAGAAUUCAUUGUUCAAGAGUUUAUCCCGAUACCUUGUGCGUCGUAAGAACCCCGAGUUGUGGGCUAGUGUCCUUCUGGAGACCAACAACUACAGAAGACCACUCAUUGACCAGGUUGUUCAGACAGCAUUGUCAGAAACCCAGGAUCCAGAAGAGGUGUCUGUCACAGUCAAGGCCUUCAUGACUGCUGACCUUCCCAAUGAGCUUAUUGAACUUCUGGAGAAGAUUGUCCUGGAUAAUUCUGUCUUUAGUGAACACAGAAACCUUCAGAAUCUGCUUAUUCUGACCGCGAUUAAGGCUGAUCGGACACGUGUCAUGGAGUACAUUAACCGUCUUGACAAUUAUGAUGCCCCAGACAUUGCAAACAUCGCCAUCAGCAAUGAGUUGUUUGAGGAGGCCUUUGCUAUUUUUAGAAAAUUUGAUGUCAACACAUCUGCAGUGCAGGUUUUGAUUGAGCACAUUGGUAAUCUGGACAGAGCUUAUGAGUUUGCAGAGCGCUGCAAUGAGCCUCCAGUGUGGAGUCAGCUGGCAAAGGCCCAGCUCCAGAAGGGCCUGGUCAAAGAAGCCAUUGACUCUUACAUAAAGGCUGAUGACCCCUCCGCCUACAUCGAGGUGGGGCAGGCGGCAGCUCAGAGCGGAAACUGGGAGGAUCUGGUGAAGUUUCUGCAGAUGGCCCGAAAGAAAGCUCGUGAAUCAUAUGUGGAAACUGAGCUGAUAUUUGCCCUGGCCAAGACCAACCGCCUGGCAGAGCUGGAGGAGUUUAUAAAUGGUCCCAAUAAUGCACACAUUCAACAAGUUGGUGACCGUUGUUAUGAUGACAAAAUGUAUGAAGCAGCGAAGUUGCUCUACAAUAAUGUGUCUAAUUUUGGCCGCCUGGCUUCUACUUUGGUGCACCUGGGAGAGUAUCAAGCUGCUGUGGAUGGAGCUCGAAAAGCCAACAGCACACGCACUUGGAAGGAGGUGUGUUUUGCAUGUGUCGAUGGGAAGGAGUUUCGCCUGGCUCAAAUGUGUGGCCUGCAUAUAGUUGUUCAUGCUGAUGAACUAGAGGAACUGAUCAACUACUACCAGGACCGUGGAUAUUUUGAAGAGCUGAUCACCAUGCUGGAGGCUGCCCUGGGACUGGAGCGUGCACACAUGGGGAUGUUUACGGAGCUGGCAAUUCUUUACUCCAAAUUCAAACCACAGAAAAUGAGGGAGCACUUAGAGCUCUUCUGGUCACGUGUUAACAUUCCAAAGGUUCUCAGGGCAGCAGAGCAGGCGCAUCUAUGGGGAGAGCUGGUCUUCCUUUAUGACAAGUACGAAGAGUAUGACAACGCCAUCAUCACCAUGAUGAAUCACCCAGCUGAUGCCUGGAAGGAGGGUCAGUUCAAAGACAUUGUGACCAAGGUGGCCAAUGUGGAGCUGUACUACAAAGCUGUUCAGUUCUACUUGGAGUUCAAACCAUUAUUACUGAAUGACCUUUUGAUUGUUCUAUCUCCACGACUGGACCACACGCGCGCUGUCAACUUCUUCAGCAAGGUUAAACAGCUGCCUCUAGUUAAGCCAUACCUGCGGUCAGUCCAGAAUCACAACAACAAGGCUGUUAAUGAGGCUCUCAAUAAUCUCUUCAUCAUUGAGGAAGACUUUGCUGCGCUGCGCACCUCCAUCGAUGCUUAUGACAACUUUGACAACAUCUCACUGGCUCAGGGGCUGGAGAAGCACGAGCUGAUUGAGUUUAGGAGGAUUGCUGCAUACCUUUUCAAAGGCAACAAUCGCUGGAAACAGAGUGUAGAACUGUGCAAGAAGGACAAGCUCUACAAGGAUGCCAUGCAGUAUGCAUCUGAGUCGAAAGACAUAGAGCUGGCAGAGGAGCUGUUAGCCUGGUUCCUGAGUGAAGAUAAAAAGGAGUGUUUUGCAGCAUGUCUGUUCACCUGCUAUGACCUGUUGCGGCCCGACGUGGUGCUGGAGACAGCCUGGAGGCACAACAUCAUGGACUUCUCCAUGCCCUACUUCAUCCAGGUCAUGAGGGAGUACCUUAGUAAGGUGGAUAAGCUCGAAGCCUCUGAAUCCCUGAGGAAACAAGAGGAGCAGGCCACAGAGUCACAACCAAUCGUUUACGGCACCCCUCAGCUUAUGCUCACCGCAGGGCCCAAUGUGGCAGUGCCCCCUCAGCAGGCCUAUGGGUACGGGUACCCUGCAGCACCUGGGUAUGCCCAGCCCCCACAGCCCGGCUUUGGUUAUGGCAUGUGAAGUCACCUCCACUAACCCCCCCACAAACCCUCCAUCUCCAUCGGUCUCUCGGUUUCACACCAGCCUCCCAUGGUCUUCUACCACAACAGGGGACUCAACAAGCAGCCGCCCACUCUCCACCGGAGCACUAUUUUUUAAUGUGGUGUGAUUUACAAAAGAAAACAGUUGAAUACAUGUAAGGACUUUUAUUUCUAUUGAUUGAAAAGAAAUUGGACCAUGUCUUUUUAUUUUCACAUUCCAUAUUUAUGAUUUCCUGUUUAGAAGAUUACUAUAUGUAUUUGUUAUGUUUGUUUUUGCUUAUUUUUAUUGUUUAAAGUGCAGAGGUGGACUUGCUGCAGCUCAGCAAUGAAAACCUUUUGAAGUAGGUGGAGGAGCAUUGGAUUUGCACUCAUGAAGAAGUUAAUGUAGACAAGCUCUUAAUUUUGACGUACUGAACAUGUGAAGCUUUCAUUGUCUCAUUGUCUGUAUAAUGCAUUUCAUCAUUGUAUAUUCUGAGGAAAAAAAAGGUAACAUAUAAUAUUUGAACAUUAUAUUGCCAUUCCAAUGGCUAUAGCUAGCAACACUAAGUAAUGAUAGUAUAUUCUGCACAGGCGUGUAGCUUUAUGGAGUUUAAGCAUACAGCGGUAUGUUACAAUUUGAAUGAUGGGUGUAUGUGCGUGUGCUAAGUGUGUGAAUGUCUAAAGAUUUUAACUCCCUAUGAGCCUGCACCGGGCCCCACCUGUAGAUGUUAGCUCUCCUCCAUCCGCUCCAUGUAUUAGGUGACCUCUCGUGCCGUGUACAGUGCUUGUGUGAGACUCUGUGUAUGUGCAAGGACAGGACCGCGGCCCCCCCUAAACGUACUGUGUGUAUUUACUCUUACCCUCCUUGUGCUGAGGUCCCUGUAUGCCAGGUGUUGUGCUGUUUCCCCAUUGGUCACCAUUACUUUUCUGCGUGUACAGGUGUGAACUUGACCAAUUAAAAUUUUAACAGUCCCCCUUCAUCUUUCCUUCACACACUUUCCUGUCAAAACCCUCUUCUGGUUAGUCAGGGAGGCGAGAGGCGGCAGGUUGGUGUCUUAGUGACAUCUUGAUUAGAUCCAUAAGCACUCCUGUAGGUUGUGUGUUAGAUGAUUAUAAUGAAGAAGCUCAUUUUUCGUACAUCCAGUUAUUUGUCCAGAAGGGUUGGAAUAACAGCCUGCACUUAUGUAGAUGUACUUAACUCCCAGACAUGCUUUAAGCUAUGUGUAAAGUGUCAUCUAACCCUACCUUAAGUUAAUUUUUUCUGUUGUCAUGCAUAUUAAGAAUUAAGGGGAUCCGUCAUUAAUAAUGGAAGAACAUGACCUUAUUGAAAGGGAACUACUAGCUGAAAUAAAAACAAAAAAUUGGA